CACAGCUGGCAGACACUAGUCGAAAGUUGUCAGCAUUCUAGUCUCUCCUGCAGCAGUGAAAAUGGACAUUGCCAUCCAGCAUCCUUGGUUUCGUCGCUCUUUCUUUCCUUCUUUCUUCCCCAGUCGGAUCUUUGACCAGAACUUUGGAGAACACCUUACAGAGAGCGAGAUGUUCCCCUCUUUCAGUUCUAUGUUCUGGCCCAACCUUCGCUCAUCUCUUUUCCGCAUGCCUAGCUGGAUGGACACUGGACUAUCAGAGAUGAGACUGGAGAAAGACAGAUUUACAGUGAAUCUUGAUGUGAAGCACUUCUCCCCAGAAGAACUGAAGGUCCAUGUAAAUGGAGACUAUAUUGAGAUUCAUGGAAAACAUGAAGAUCGACAGGACGAACAUGGUUUCAUCUCUCGGGAAUUCCACAGGAAAUAUAAAAUUCCAGCUGGUGUGGACCCCAACAUUGUCACUUCAAGCUUGUCUCCAGAUGGUGUGCUGACCGUCAGUGCUCCUCGGAAGCUGGCUGAUGUGCCAGAACGCACCAUACCUAUCACCAUCGAUGACAAGCCAGCAGUUACUGGGCCCCAGAAGAAGUAAAAGCAUCCUAAACCACUACCCUUGUCAUCUCUCGUUGCCAUUCCUCUGUCCUAACUGACAGCUUCUGCAGUAAACAGCAAAGGGAAGUGUGCACUGAAAAUAUGUAAUCAAAAAUAAUUUUAACACUUCUUCAAUUAAGGGGUAAAAAUUGAUAUUAAUCACACUCAUAGGGAUGUGUUAAAUACAUUCCAGGCAGUCCAACAUUAAAAAACUCAAAAGCACUCAAUUAUUAUUAUAUCAAUAAUUUUUAUAUGAUUAAUGGUAAUACUGAUAACAUAAAAAAUAUCAGAGAUUAGGAUGUAUGGAUUUUAUUCCCAUCCUAGAAAAUGCUAGCUGUCUUUGUCAGUUGUCCCAGCAACUGCACUGUAAAUAGCCUAUAGCUACACCCAUGUAAGAGACAUUUGCAUUAGCCAUGCUUGCAGGAGUCUCAUUUUUUGUCUCUGUUUUUCUUUUUCUUUGACCUUUUCCUAAGUGUGUUGAAAACAAUUUUCAAGGGCAUCAAUCUUACUGUUUGUGUAAAAGGUUUAAAAGUCAUGGGGUGCACUCACACAGCCUCAGGAGAAACAUUUGCUUUGCUGCUGAAUUGCCACAAAUUUUAUGGCUGAAUUAGCUUCCCAGCUGAUUAACAUCCAGGGACUAAGAAGAGGGCAGGAGUGAACGUUACAAGGAGCAGGCAGUUAGCCUUUCUGCACAAUGGAUCUGUGUCUUGUAACACAAGCAAAGCUGCUAAAAGGGCUACUUAAUACCAGAAAUUACUGAGAAGUGUUCUGUAUGUGGUCUGACAGUGUCAAAUCUAUUCCAAAAAUAGCUGGAAGAAGUGAAGAUGUUUUUUUGCUAUAACAAGCAAAAGACUAUUCUAGAAGAAUGUAAGUAGGGUUAAAGAGAAGAGACUUCCUAAUUCCACUUCUUCUUAGAGAGGAGUGUCACCCAGGACUUUAAUGUCAUCAUAUACAUGUAAACCCAAUCUUUUUCUGUAAGAUAUAGAUGCAGGUGAAAAGCCAAACAAAACAAAACAUGAAUCAAGCACUAUAGAGAAAUGUAUUAGUAAAACAAAGACAAAGUAGCCAUGCUUUUUUGAAUCAGAUUUUGAGAUAUUUCAUCCCCAGCCAAAACAAAAUUCUUGUUUCUGUUUUGUUGCAGAUAUGCUUAUGUAAAAGGUAAUUCUACAUAGAUUAAGAACCGUGGCAAGAGUGACUAAAUUAAAAGACGUGCUGUGCAGGUGUUCAGCCUGUAUACAUUUAGCACAUGAAACUGCAUUAUCUGAAUCUUCUUAGUGUGUUGAAGGAAACUGAAUAGCUCCAUUAGAGAGCUGACAUGUUUUUUUUUGAUAGGCAAGUGUCUCUUUUGAUUUAAUUUUUUUAUCUUCCUGUAACAUCUUUGAAGGAAGAGAAUGAUUUACUCCUUAUAACUAACAGAGAGCUGUCCUAGGACAAAGGUUGGGCUGACAUUGACUUGGGUUGGAGGAUGGAAUUGUUUAAUGCUUAGGGAGUCUUUCCCUUCUUUGCUGUAUUACUAUACAUUCCUGACAAUCUAUAGAGGCCAACAGUAUAAUGCAAUUAACCCAUUAGUUCUUUAAAUGUAUAAUAAAGUCAUAAGUAAA